AUGAAAUUAUUAAAAUUUCUUUUUUCUUUAAUUUUCAUAUUCGUAUAUAUUUCAAUUUAUUCUAUUAAUGCACAAACUGAUGUCACAGACACUGAAACCUUUACGGAGGACACCUCCACCAUCGCUAUCCCUACAGACUUAUUCACAGACACCACAGACAUCACAGACACCACAAGUAGUAUUACUGAUACUGAUAUAAUUUAUCCAACUAUUCCAACCACUCCAACCAUCGAUACUUCUUCAACCUCCACUACUACUUCAAAAUUAACUGCUAACACUAUUACUAUAACUUCUACGUCUGUUUCAACUGCAACUGUAUCACAUACAACAUCAUUACCAUCAGCUGUAAAUUUCUUUAGUAUUGAAAGUAAUAAUUAUUACGUGUUUAGUGCGACAAGUCAUCCACUUGAAAAGAUAAUAGUUCGAUUAGUUGAAGACAUCGACACUCGUGAUAAUGAUCAAUUAACCUGUUACGAACAGGAUUUACAUUUACUUUUUGAUGUUAAAAAUGAGAUUAAAGAAUUUAAUUUUUGUCAAAAUUCAACUUGGCAACGUGAUUUAAUUCAGAUUUUCCCAUUGUUUAGAGAUUUCGUUAUGAUUACUUAUUUGGAUAAUAGUAAUAGUAAUGGGGUUUAUUUAGAGAAAGGAAUGGUUCUGAAUUUGAAUUUGACGAAUGGAACAUCUAUAUUAACAUCUGAAAUAACAUUAGGAUCAAUAAAUAUGACAGAAGAACAAGAUGUAAAAGCAUUAGGUCAUGCGGUUGUAAAUGAACAACCUGAACGAGAAUUUAUUUGGGUAAAUCGUGUAGGUACAAAUAAAGAAUUUGUAAAAUGGACCACAUUUAACAUAACUGAUCGUUUAGAAGGAAUUGUCGGUAAUUCGAAUUCGACAUCAUCUAACACUUUCAACGUUUCAUCAAAUGAGGAUUUAAAAGUGAUAAGAACAGUAGAUGGAGGAUAUGGAUUUAUAAUUGCGGGAAAAGUUGAUGAUGAUUCAUUAUAUCCGUGGAAAAUUAGUGUGAGAUUUUUACGACCACAAAAAAAUGUAAUAUCUUUACCUUUCUUAUUAUAUCAACGAGAGGAUGAUGUGAAAUCAAUUAAAAUUGAAUAUUGUGAUAAUUCACAAUCUGAACCAGGAAUUGAAUGUAUAUUUAGUAUAAAUACCAAUUCGGAUUUAAUUUAUAUUCGAAUAGAAUUUGUUAUUAUUAAUCAAAUUUUUCAAGUACGUAAUAAAUAUAUAGUUUCAGGAUAUUAUGAAAAUAAUGAUACAUUAACAUUUACGGGUAAAAUUUAUAAUAAUAAUGGAGAUUUUAUAUCAAAUUGGAAUUUACCUGAAGUUAAUGCACCAUCAUAUAGAAUAUCAUCAUCAUUAUUACCAUUAUCAAAUGAUACAAUUAUUCCAACAACAAUUAUUCCUCAUGGUUCAUUUUUUAGUGAAAAAAUUUGGAUGGUAUGUAAUUAUAAUAAUAUUUCAAAUCGAUGGAAUUUGUCAAUUGCUGAUUUAAGUUCAAUAAAUCCUGGUUACCAAUAUAUCACCAUCGAAUUUGAUCGAUCAAUAACAUUAUCUGUUGGUAAUAUUACAAUCUGUCAAAUAAAAGAUAACUUCAAAGAUCAAAAUAUUAUUGUUAGGAACAAUAUAAUGUUUGGUAGAAGAGAAAAUUCGAAUGUUGUGAAUAACAAAUAUUAUUACAUAAGACAAACCUUGAAUGCACAAAGUUCAUUUGUUACAAAAGUGAAUGAUACCUCGGUUAAGGUGACCGUGUUAAAUAGUACUUUCAUUGCACCAAAUAAGAAUUAUUUCGUGAUCAUAGAUAAUGAUUUCGUUAGAGAUUCUAAUUAUGAUGAACCGUUAUCUGGUUUGGAAAGACCUGAUUGGAAAUUUACUACUGAAGAUGAUGAUUCAUUCGGAAUAAAAACAAGUGGAUUAGUUCGUUUAACAACUUUAGCGUCACGUAAAUUUUACGAAUUUUCAAAGUCAGAUCGAACCAAAUUUUUGGAUGAUUUAAAAAAUGAACUCACCGAAAUUUUGCUUUUAAAUGAUUCAAUAUUACGAGCUAGCGAACAUUGGCAAUGGGAUCCUAAUGUAAAAAAUUGGCAAAUCUUAUUAAAACUUACAAUAUAUCCCGGUGGGAAUAAAACCACCGAUGUAAGUGUCGGGAGGAUUGUGGAUUCAUUAAAUGAGUCAAUUAUAAAUCGAGAUGUUUCUUUAAUAUCACAAUAUUCUAAUACUAGUCUAUUGGAUAGUUCUUAUGGAUUUGUAAAGAAACAGAGUGUUUGGGAUCGUUAUGGAUUUAAAUUAAUCGGGAUUGGAAUCGCAUUUUUGAUAAUAGGCGUAUUAGCAUUAUUGUCAUUUAAGAAAAGAAAAGAUAAAACCAAAACCGGAUACUUACUUUCUGGAUAUUUACCUUUCAAACUAUUUUUAAUAAUUUUGGAUUUUUCAAUUGAUGUUGAAGCAUUUUCUUUAAUCCAUUCUCGAUUAGCAGGUUUAUCAAUAUUUAGUGCUCCUUUCUCUGCAGAUGGUGAAAGCUUGUUAUUUUGGGCUUGUGCCGUAAAUUUCGUUAUUGAAGAUACUCCACAAUUAGUUAUUCAGAUCGUUUAUAUUGCUUCUUCAGUAAAUUACGAUAUAGUUCCAUUCUUAAAUUUAAUAUCCGCAUCCACCUUAUUCCUUGUAAUAGUAUUAGGUCACCUUUAUAAAUUAUAUCGUUAUCUAAUUGAUGAUAGAAAUGAUGUUAACAAUAUUGAUGGGUAUGAGCAUUAUAAUAAUCCUAGUAAUGAUUCACAAAAUGAGGUUCAUCAUAUGGAGAGGGAAGUAGGAAUUUUGGGAGUUUCGGAAGUUGCGGGAAUUGGGGGAGUUGGAGGAGUUGGGGGAACUGGAGGAAGUGGGGGAGUUGAAAAAGGAAAAAGAAAAAUCGUAGGAGGAAUGGGAGUAGGAAUGGAUGAAUUAAUUGAUCAUGGAACUAUAGAAGUUAUAGAAACAUCUCCAGAAGGAUCAGCACCACCGGUUAGAUCAUGGCAAGAUCCAAAUCCAAAUAAAGCAUUUAAUCGAAGGUCAUCACAACCAUUAGGCAGUCAAGAUGAAAUUUUAAAAUAUACUAUUGGACCCCAGGGUAGAGUUGUGAGAAAAAAAACUGGAAGUUUAGGUGUAGAUUUAAGUGAAAAUUUAGAUAAUAUUAAUGGUAAAAGGAGGUCUAAAGAUAAUGCUGGUGUAGUUUAUAUGCCAACUGAUAUAGCCAAUAUUCACAUUGAAGAUGAAAUUACUACUGAUGGCAUUGAAUCGAAUGGACUUAAUUCUAGACACUUUUAUGAUGGAUUACCUGGGCAUAAUUUAGAUGUCAAUAAUGUCCCUUCUAUUUCUAUCACUUCACCUACUUCGAAUGUAAUUGAUAUUGAUUCAUCACCAUCACCUAUAUCACCUAUACCAAUAAAUUCUGGAAUACCAUUUUCAUCAAAUCCAUCUUCAUAA